CGGAAAUCCAAGCGACGAUUUAUCGUACUUACACGAUCAAACUCAUAGUUCCCAUAUCCCCCACGUCACGCCAAUUACAAGAUGUAUUUGGAGCCAUGGUGGUACUCGAGCUGCGGGGGCGGGGUAACUGGCGGCGGGGCGCUUGUUUGUUGGCGGGUUUCAGGGUUUCGUUGGGCGGGACGGAAGCAGUGGAGUGUGCCAUGAGCUGACCGCCUCCUAUUUCAACCCCAAAACAACACGUACCUGCUGUUCUCGACAACAUCGCGUUGCUAUCCAUCAAACACCAUGGCUGCCGUCCAGAUUCCUGAGGGAGGUACCAUCCUCGACACCUUCAAGGCCUCCUUCACCAAGGUGCCGAUCGACGCCGAAAAUGGCAACGCGAUCUCGACCACCGAGUUCCUCGACGCCGCCGAGUCCCUGACCACCAUGUUUGACCUCCUAGGCUCGGUUGCCUUUUCGCCGGUCAAGAAGGACAUGAUGGGUAACGUUGAGAAAAUCAGGAAACGCCAGCUUGCGGCGCCCCUCGAGUCUCAGAAUAUCCAGGACCUUGUGAGGAACGAGUUGAAGACCAAGUCCCACACUGCGACUGAGGGUUUGCUCUGGCUCGUCAGAGGCCUCGAGUUUACCUGCAUCGCCCUCAGCCAGAACCUGGCCAAGCAUGACCAAGAACUCGCCGAUUCCUUCCGCGAUGCAUACGGCGUCACUCUCAAGCCGCACCACAGCUUCCUCGUGAAGCCAGUCUUCAGCGCCGCCAUGAGCGCGUGCCCCUACCGCAACGACUUUUACUCCAAGCUCGGAUCGGACGAGGAGAAGGUUAAGGAGGAGCUGCGUCAGUACUUGGAGGCGUUGGACAAGAUUGUCGCCAUCCUCAAGGCCUUCCUCGAGAGUAAGGAGGCCAAGUGGUAAACAGGGGACGACAGGAACACGCGAACACAAGUGUCCUUUCAGAUAGCACAUGGAGUAGCUGCUGCAUAACUCGACGUCCUCGCCGUUAAGAAGUCUGGGAGCGAGCCUACGCUCAUCCAUGCAACUGCUUAGACUGUUCACACGAGGCUUUGUCUCAGCUACAGCACCAAGGUUGACUUCAUGUUCUCAACAGAGAUUUAGAGAUGCCUAGCCAAUGGCCCUUG